UACAAGCACACUCUUCCGUAAUUGUGACACACUCGCUGGGGUGCCUGGAUAGUCUUCCAACAGAGGUCGUACUCUCUGCCCUGGUCCUGAGAGUGCCCUGACUCUCCUGGCCCGCCCAUACGCCGUCGUUGCUCUGGUGCUGGGUGUGACUGCAUAAACGGUUCCUGAAGUGCUAUAAGAGCCUCUGCCGACCUCGCCCCCCUCAUCCAUUCCCUUCUUACUCACAAGCUUCUCCAUUCUCUCCACUCUCGUCCAACUCGACUUACCAGCCCACUCCACCGCCCACCAAGCCAAUCCACCUUCACAAUGGUCUCAGUCAAGUUCGCCUCUCUUUUCGCCUUCGUGGCCGCAUCCAUGGUCGCCGCUGCCCCCGCCGCUCUCAAGAAGCGCGCCGACAUUGACACCACCAUCCUUCAGUACGCCCUUACCCUCGAGCACCUCGAGGCCAAGUUCUACCACACCGCCCUGAAGAACCUGUCCGCCAAGGACUUUGCCAACGCCGGCUACGCCCCGGCCAUCCGUGAGCGCUUCGCCGAGAUCGGUGGACACGAGAUCCAGCACGUCCAGUUCCUCGAGGCCGCCAUCGGUGCUGAUGCCAACAAGGCCUGCACCUACGACUUCGGUGCCGGUGUCACCGACGUCAAGAGCUUCAUUGCCACCUCUCAGCUCCUCGAGGGCGUUGGAGUUUCCGCCUACCUCGGCGCUGCUGCUCUGAUCACCAACCCCACUUACCUCACCGCUGCUGGCUCUAUCCUCACCACCGAGUCUCGCCACUCCGCCUGGGUUCAGUCAUCGGCUGCCCUGUCCGACCCCGCUGGUGCCGCUUACGAUGUGCCCACCAACUUCAACCAGACUUACUCGCUGGCCGCCCCCCUCAUCAAGUCUUGCCCCAAGUCGAACACCGCUCUGCCCGUGAUGGCAUUCCCAACUCUCACCCUGAACCCCGCCUCCAACCUGCAGCCCGGCCAGACUGUCUCCGUCUCCGGCAAGGGUGUCAAGGAUGGCCAGUACCUCGCUGUGCUCACCGCCGGUGGACAGUACUUCAGCAAGAUCGAGAACGGUAAGGCCACCGUCCCCAAGAAGACCUCCACUGGACGAUCUUACUUCUUGGUCACCUCCAGCAACGGUACCGUCUCCGACGACAGCACCAUCGCCGGCCCCGUUGCCAGCGACUACCUCCUGUCUGCCUCUCAGGCCUACGACCUGGUCAAGAGCCAGUACUAAAGGUGCCAAUCCACUUGUUGAUACCCACUCCCGUUUUUCCAUCUCGAUGUCUCGAGUAGCACCACAUUCGUCUUCAUUGUACUUUUGAGUAGCUGUUCACAGUCAUCAUUUUUCGAUAACCUUCCGCAAAAGAACAUUCACUGCUGCCCU